CUGACUUUUCCCCUCAGUUCCUCUCCCCAUCCUCACCCACCCCCCUUUUCUCCCAUCGACCAGGUAGUGCCCGACUGAGUUCAGCCCCUUCGGCUGGAGGCUCGGGUUUAUCUGGAAUCAACGUGAAAGUCAUUCAGGAUCCGCACGCCGUGAGAAGCAGGAGCGGUCCGUCACAAAAAGCCGGGGGGGAGACACUGCGACUCGGAUAGGGAACAGGGUUUGACUUUUUCCACCGUAAAUCGGAGCUGAGGGGAGGACGGGAGCCAUGGCUAUGUUCUCAGCUCUGGGACUGCUUUUAUUAUGCCAGCUUUUGACAUCAUCCCUUGCCCAGAGGCCUGGACCCCGAGGGCAGGGAGGACCCCCAGGACCACCAGGACCGGCAGGGAAAGAUGGCAUAGACGGAAAACCAGGGCCCGCUGGACUUCCUGGGAAGGCUGGGCCUAAAGGCCAAGCAGGGAAGCCAGGAACGGCCGGAAACCCAGGGUUGCCAGGACUACCGGGAGUGGAUGGAUUGACUGGCCCUGAUGGCCCCGCUGGCAAAGAUGGACCUGCUGGACCAUUGGGUGAAGUUGGACCUGCCGGACCUGCCGGGCCACCUGGCAGAGGGAGACCAGGAGCUCCAGGUCUACCAGGAGCUAAUGGAGCACCAGGUGGAGUUGGGCCUCAGGGACCAGCAGGAGCAGAGGGUCUUGCAGGACUUCCCGGGCCACCAGGCCUUGACGGACCCCCAGGUCUCCCGGGUGCACUCCCCGAUGGCAGUGGCGAUCUUCUGUGCCCCGCCAUCUGUCCUCCUGGCCCACCUGGCCCUCCAGGAAUGCCAGGCUUCAAGGGUCACACGGGUCACAAAGGAGACAAGGGGGAGCUUGGCAAAGAUGGAGAGAAGGGUGAUGCCGGCCCCCCUGGUCCUCCCGGUAUUCCAGGAACUGUGGGUCUUCAGGGUCCCAGAGGUCUGAGGGGUCUGCAAGGCCCAGUCGGAGCAGUCGGGGACAGGGGAUUGCCUGGCUUCAGAGGGAAGUCUGGUGUUCCUGGAACCAUUGGGAAAACAGGCGACACUGGUGAGAGAGGACCAGAGGGUUUCAAAGGACCUAAAGGAGAGAUCGGUAAAAUCGGUCCAAAGGGAAUCCCAGGGCCUGCAGGACCUAAGGGAGAGCCUGGUAUUCCUGGCAGAGAUGGCAAGGAUGGCACACAGGGAUUAGAUGGCGAGAAGGGUGAUGCCGGAAGAGGUGGGGUGCCCGGUGAGAAGGGGCCUAAUGGCCUGCCUGGUCUGCAAGGAAGGGGUGGUGUAAAGGGAUCCAAGGGAGUCGUUGGUGAGCCUGGCAAGAUGGGAGAGACGGGACCCUCUGGAGAGCCAGGUAUUCCUGGUGAGAUUGGCAUUCCAGGAGAGAGGGGAGAGGCUGGACCCAGGGGAGUUGCAGGUGGCCUCGGACUAGUCGGAAACACCGGUGUGGAGGGCAGCAAGGGCUACCAGGGACCAAAAGGAGCCAUCGGAGACCCAGGCCUUCCCGGGCCAACCGGAAUCAGGGGAGGGUUUGGUGAGCGGGGUCCUGUUGGAGCGGCUGGGUCUAAAGGAGAUAUGGGUGUGGCCGGAAGUGAUGGUCUUCCAGGAGAGAAUGGCGAGCCUGGUCCAUUUGGUCCAGUUGGACAAAAAGGAGAGUCUGGCAAGCGUGGUGAGCUGGGCCCCAAGGGCGUGACGGGCCCCCAGGGAGAGAUGGGAGCCAGGGGAGCCCCAGGAAAGCCAGGCCUUAUGGGACUGCAGGGCGAGCAAGGCCUGCCCGGUGUCGCUGGAAAGAACGGAGUGCCCGGAAAAUUGGCCAGUGAGCAGCACAUCCGAGAGCUGUGUGGAUCCAUGAUCGAUGACCAGAUUGCUCAGUUGGCAGCCAACCUGAGGAGGCCGCUGGCUCCAGGAGCAGUGGGCCGCCCUGGCCCUCCCGGCCCCGCUGGAAAGCCUGGCGAGCUGGGCUCCGUCGGACACCCAGGAGCCCGUGGAGCCCCAGGAUACAGAGGCCUGCCCGGAGAGCUGGGAAACCCCGGUCCCAGAGGUGAUGUUGGAGAGCAGGGAGACAAGGGAACCGUUGGCAAGGCCAUCGAUGGCCCACCUGGUGACCAGGGAGAUCCAGGUCUGCCUGGAGUGCAUGGCAUUGUGAAGGACGGCCGGGACGGAGCCCCGGGAGACGCCGGAGAGCCAGGAGAGGCUGGCAGAACGGGCCGCACCGGGCACCAGGGCCCACCUGGAAUCUGUGACACGUCCGCCUGCCACGGGGCCUCAGUAGCCGGGAAGACCCACAAUCCCAAGAACCAUUAGACAGUCACCCUCCGACCUCAUCUCACCUCACACCACCCUCAUCCCUUAUCCCUCUCCUGACACCCCCCCAAACCCCACUGAUACCCCUCCCCAUCCCAAGCCUGGAGAUCCCCCCACCUAGGGAGAGGAGACAGCUGAGUGAGCCAAGUUCAAGAAGAAAAGACAGAGGUCACUUGGAUUUUUCUUAAAAGCCAAAUAGGGACAAUAACAAAAUGUUUUUUAAUGUAUUUUAUAAGAGGGAAAAGAUCAUGGAAGUAAACCAGAAAAAAAACAUGGAAGUUGGAAAGAACAGGCCUGGAAAAGUGAGACUUGAAAUGGAGCAUCAUCCAUCCCAGAAGAGGACUAAGGAGCAAGUCCUUUUUUUGUUUGUUUGUUUUUGUUUUGUUUUAAAAAUCUUAACAGGAGCGAUACUCCAUCAACCACGCUCCGAAUGCCAGCACAGGUGUACUUCACACAAGAGAAAAAGACGGCGCAACCAAAAGGAGAAGAAUGAAGUGGUUACCAACCAUUCCAAACCCAACAUCUUGUAUAUGUAUGUGUUCAAAAAAAGAGAAAAAGACAAAACCUGAAAAAAAAAUGUCAUUUGUUCCGUACAUUGUAUUAUGCCUUCUGAAGUCUCUCUGAAGCGCUCUUUAGUUUUAUUGCAGUGACUUUUGGCGGGUUUACUUUUCACCAAGGUGCUACGACAGUAAAUACACACUUCAAAGGUUUUGUUUUUUAACGCACUUCCACCAGAAGUUUUACCUCAGAGUAUGGGCCAACACACAUGCAAACUGAUUAAGCACAAGUGAAAAUGAGCAACACUUACAUACGCCAAGGAGCCCUGCUUUGUGUGCAAACAUGAAGAAAUGAUUGUUCAGAUAUUUUGUAUAUUACUGCACCCACCCUUUUUACGUUUCAUCAAGUUAGCUUAGUUUUGUAAUACGACAAAAAAUGUUGUUCUGUGUUUUGUUUUUUCUUUGAAACAUGUUUGAACAAAUCCCCUUGAAAAAAAGGUUCCUAAAUAAAACAAGGAAGUGUCUUUACAGAUGCUUCAGAAUCUGUAAGUACUGUAA